AUGAGCGGUGUUGGGCUGAAGGAUGAAACAAAAACAGAGGAAAAGAAGCGAUUAACCGAGAAGGAUAUGGAGGCGGCGGCGGCAGAUAGCGACGAUGAGCAACGUGAUAUUGUCGAGGCGAAGCUUGCCAAUGCUGCAGUUAUAACACCUCCAGAUGGUGGCUACGGAUGGGUGAUCGUCAUAGCGUCAUUUUUUGCGAAUCUUUUCGUCGAUGGCAUUAUUUUCACCGUUGGUCAAUCGUUGUUGAGCAUUUGGGAGCGUGAAUUCGAGACGUCUGCAAUGGCAGCAUCAUGGGCACAGUCGUUAUUGGGCGGGUGUUAUCUGUUGGCUGGUCCACUGGCGAGUGCGCUGGCGAAUCGUUUCGGAUGUCGUUCGGUGGUGAUCGGUGGGACGGUGAUGGUCUUCAUUGGCUUUAUGACAUCCGUUCUGGUGCCAGCACUGCCGAUUUUAUACGUUACAUUCGGCAUCAUUGGAGGAAUUGGCUUUGGUCUGGUGUAUCUGCCGGCGAUUGUGAUCGUCAAUCAGUGGUUCGAGAAGAAACGAGCGUUCGCGUUGGGGUUGGCCGUAUGCGGUUCUGGUAUUGGAACAACGAUCUUCUCACAGAUCAAUCCACUCUUACUGAAUUUGAACCACGGUAAUUGGCGUACGUUCCUGAUGAAUAUCGCAGUGAUAUCGUUACUGUGUAUCGUUUGUGGCCUCUUCUUUAAGACACCUCAAGCCAACGAGAAACAAGUCGAGGAGGUGGCCAAAAUAGUGACUUCAUACCAAGAGCAACGACAACACUCCAAAAGUCCGUUCAGUGGCACACCCGCGACAACACUUCAAGAGGAGACGCCUGCAGAGGCGAACGGCGGCGGCGGCGGCGGCGAUCAAAAUGAGACGCAGCAGUCGGGCAAUGAUUCGGAAGAUCCGUUCAGGAGAAGGGUGACGUCGUGCAACGCUCGGGUGGGCGAUCGACCCACAAGAAAACGCUGGUUUUCAACUAGUGGUGAUCAGGUGAAUGAAUAA